GUCUUGUUUCUCCGUAAUGCCGGGAGGUGGGGUGGGGUGCGCAGCGGAAUCAAACAGCGUGACAUUGUGGAGGUUAAGGGUUGCCAACGCUGCAGUCCAAGCAAGCGAGGAUGGACUGGCAUCGGCAGCAAGCUUCUGUGGCGAUUUUUAACAACGUUUCUUGGCAAUAACCAUGGACUUUUCUUUUCAGUCAACGCGAUAAUCGCCGCUGCGGGAGACGGUGGAAAAACAGAAAAAAAACGUGUUGCGGUCCGCAGCUCGAACAGUGUGAGCAAACUUGUGAGCCCUGGUUGGAUUGGAAUUGAGUGAUCUUUCCCCUGUUCUAACGCUGAAUUGUGAUUUUAAGGACGCACAGUGAACUGUCUGGGACGCUGCUAGCCUGCUAGCAAAGUUGGCUGCUCUAAGAACUUUACUGCCGGUAAGCUUGGAGCUAGCAAUUUGGGAUAUCAGCGGUGUUCUUCCAUCAGUUUGUUCGGAUGUAAGGUUCAGUGACGAUAUCAUUGUCACCAUGACCUCGGAGUUCAGAUGAUUUGGGAAGUACAAUGCAAUUUCUAUUGACAAAAAGUUGGCUAUUAUUUGGCUCGUUCACGCAGCGUCGCAUCGUUGGUUAAAAGUGACGUAUCUCCACCUCCGUCCGCCUUUGGCGAAACCUCUGAUGACUGACCCCAAGAACUCUUCGGCACGAUGAUGGGAUCUCUGAAGGCUCUCCAGGAGUGGUGUCGGAUACAGUGUGAAAAUUAUCACAAUGUGGAAAUCAAGGACAUGUCGACGUCCUUUCGGGACGGCUUGGCAUUUUGUGCCAUCAUACAUCGCUACAGGCCAGAGUUGAUAGACUUUGACUCAUUGUCUAAAGAUGACGUCUAUGAGAACAACCGACUGGCCUUUGAAGUAGCUGAGGCAGAGCUCGGGAUACCUGCGCUGUUGGAUCCAGAAGACAUGGUAUCCAUGAAGGUUCCUGACCGGCUCAGUGUCAUCACCUAUGUUUCGCAGUACUACAACUUCUUCAAUAACAAGUCGCAAGCCAACCCUCCCUGCACAAAGAGGCUUGGUUCUGUUCAUCAAAAUGAGCCUUCCCCGAAAAGGCCUCCGACUCCACUAGAGGACAAAGAAGUUGAGUCUGAGCCGGGCCAGACAAAGGUGGUGGCGGGGCUGGAAGAGUCAAAGCGGGCAACACUCAGCAGCACCUGCACUGCCUGUCAGCAGCACGUUCAUUUGGUGCAGCGGUUUUUGGUGAACGGCAAGCUAUACCAUCGAAACUGCUUCAGAUGCGCUGAGUGUCACAGCACUUUGCUACCUGGAUCUUACAAAGUAGGAAGUGAUUCUGGGGCCUUGGUUUGCACCCACCACCUUACAAGGCAAGCUUCAACAAACCAGAAUGGCCGGCCAGACCUUAGCAAGAGCCCCAUUGCAGUCCAAUCAAUGAGGAUGGGUCGCAGCAAGACCCCCCACAUCUCAGCCUCUGAGACGGACCAGCUUAAUACUCCAUCCCCCGUGGGGGAAGUGAAUGACAAUAACAUCCCAGCUAAUGUGACUGUUAUAGUCACCCCUGUACCAACGAACGAGGUCUCCUUGGAAGACGCAGAUUUGCUCAAUGACAGCGGACAAGCAGAAGAGAAAGACCGCCCCUCUUCUCCUCCUAACCCUUUUGACGAGAGUGAUGAGGAAGAUCAUGAACAAGCAAUGGUGGAAGACACGCAAACCAUUAACAAGGCUAAUGGGGACCUCCCAAAUAAACCUGUCAAUCAAAAUGAAACCGUCACCAGACCGGUGCCAGCGCCUCGCCGGGUUUCGGAGCCCAGCCCUCCACCCCGCCCAUCCCCACGGGUGAAGCUACCCCGGAGAGCAGACACCCAAGCAGCCGGUGAACAUCAGAAGCCACCCACCCCUCCAAAACCCAGAGAGAGAUCCCAAUCUCCAAGAAGUUUGUCCAGUGGCACGCAUAAACCCAAAGACCCACCCUGGCUUUCCUUGGUCCAAUCAGAAACCAAGAAGAAGAAACCUCCUCCCCCUCCCCCUCCCCCCACAGGCCUGCCAACACCCCCCAACACAGGCUCUGUUUGUUCUCUUAAAGAGGAGGGCCCCAGGUCCUCUUCACCCUCCAACCCCUUUGAUGAUGAUGAUGAUGAUGAGGAUGAAAAGAACGGGGCUCAGGACGAGGAGGAAGGCAGCGCGAUUCCAACAGCCCUGGCGACAAGUCACCCGUGGUACAGCAUCACGCAGGUGGCUGACGCCUCUGGUGCGGACACGCCCCCUAGCACAGGAAGCUCCUCCCGCUCGGCUAGCCCGGGAAGUGCCAAAAGCAAGAAACGACCAGCCCCUCGUGCGCCACAGCCACCUGCUGCUAACCAAGCUCUCAGUGUGGAGAGUCUGUCUUCUGGUUCCGAACACAGCUCCUCCCAACCCCCUUCGGCCUCCGGUGGAGGCAGUGACCAGGAACCCAGUUUCACCAAAAGCGUUUCUGAACCUUCCAUCUGUUCGCCAUCGACCGCCUUGCCUUCCUCCUCUUCCACUGAGCGCCUGCCUCAUUCUUGCUUGGGCCCCAAUGCAUCUCCCGCGGCAUCAAAUGCAAGCUCCGCGCCUGCCACCCCGCAGGUCAGUCGCAGCCACGAGACCAAAGCGACUGGACCCUCUCCCCCACGGCCAGCAACCACUCCCAGCCCAUUAGCCUCAGGGGCCACCUCUUCGCACAACAAGCCCAUUUGUAAGGAAAAUCCAUUCAACAGGAAAGUUUCUCCUUCCUGUGGUAUAUCCAAAAGCAAACCCCCAAAAGGUCCUCGUCCUUCCAGACCCCCAGCUCCAGGUCAUGGCUUCCCGCUCAUUAAACGCAAGGUACAAUCAGAUCAGUACAUCCCAGUGGAAGACAUCCACGGGGAGAUGAGUCAGCUGGAGAUACGGCUGGAUGAGCUGGAACUAAGAGGCGUGGAACUAGAGAAGAAGCUCAGAGACAACCCCAAUGAUGAGGAUGAGGAGCACCUCUUGGUUGACUGGUUCACACUCAUUCACGAGAAACAUCAGUUAGUCCGCCGUGAAGCUGAGCUGGUCUACACGGCGAAGCAGCAGAACCUGGAGGAGAGACAGGCGGACGUGGAAUACGAGCUGAGGUGUCUUCUCAACAAACCAGAGAAAGAUUGGACUGAGGAGGACAAGAGCCGAGAGCAGCAGCUGAUGGCUGAGCUGGUCACCAUCAUUGAACAACGCAACCAGAUAGUCAACAGCAUGGAUCAGGACAGGCAAAGGGAAGAAGAGGAAGAUAAGUUCAUGGAAGCCGUGCUGAAGAAAAAAGACUUCCACAAGGAAUCGGAUGGAGACCACCAGAAAAAAAGAGGGGCAAAGUUCAAACCCAUGAAGGUUCUGAAGAGGCUGAGUCAGAAAGGAGAACCUGGAAAAAGUCCUCGCAAGGACAACAGUUGAUCCACACAAAACAGUGUUGAAAAGUUCUCAGAAACUCUCAUAAAUGUGUUGAAAUGUCGCACAUGCAGAUCUGAUUUUUAGAUCUGCAUGUGGAAAAACAACACUUUAUCUUUUUUUAAAGCCCUGUGUUAAUUUAUAUUUUAAUGCGUGUCGUGUGUGUUUCGGCAUAAGGUGGGAAAGAUAAGGUGCAUAACUGCCAUGUAUUUAACUGUUUAUACUGGAUACAUCAUUUCCCUCAGUGAAUCAAGACGCUUCUGCCGUGUCACGUAUGUCCUUUUAUUUUUUCAACCGCAAUUUCAGCAGCAAGAAAAUACAAAUAAUGGUGAGACUGGAAGGUGGACAAAUAAAGCAAGUUGAUACAAGUA